CUCAAAUCAAAUGGACAAUACCCAGUUCCUUCCAGCUUAAAGCCUCCGGCAAAAGAAGUCUUCUGAAACCUCACCGAUUAAUCCUCGAUGCCGGUGAAUACUGUUUAAACUCGCGCUUCACACACACAGUACAUAUUUGGACAGUGGAAAAAAGAGAAGAAAUGGCUGAAGAAUCAGAGAAGCGGUUUCAAGAGGCCAUGGACAAGCUCUUUCGGGUUCCUCCCAAAUCCAAGCCCAAUUCCACCAGCGCAUGUGGAGUUCAAUUGUCAAGAGGCAAGAAGCGGCCGGAUAUGUCAUCUGCGUUUGCAUCAGUGGAUCCAAAAUUAAGAGGCAAAGCAGUUAACAAGCACAAUUUAUUUGCUACUAACAGUUCAGGGGAAGCUCCGCCUUGUAGACCAUGGGACCGAGAUGAUUUAUUUACAAGGAUAGCCACUUUUAAGGCUAUGACCUGGUUUGCUAAACCAAAGGCAAUUAGUUCUGUUAACUGUGCUAGAAGAGGUUGGAUUAAUGUAGAUAUGGAUACCAUUGCAUGUGAAGCAUGUGGAUCACGUAUGCUUUUCUCUACUCCGCCAUCUUGGUCGCAACAGCAAAUUGACAAAGCGGCCUUGGUAUUCAGCUUGAAGCUGGAUAGUGGACACAAGCUACUUUGCCCUUGGAUUGACAAUGUCUGUGAUGAAAAACUAGCAGAUUUUCCACCUACAGCUACUGCUAUGCUAGUUGAUCAGUAUAAAAUACGGCAUUCUGUUCUAUCACAGCUUGCUGCUCUUCCUGUGAUUUCACCUAAGGCUGUCGCUAGCUUGAGAAGGCCUCAGUUGGAACAAUUUCUACGAGAAUCUUUAACUGUGGAACGUGAUGAGCCUGAGUCCACACGAACUCCCCAAAAUGAAGACACCAGAAAUGAACGCACUCCAGUUUCUUCUCUCACAUAUUAUCAGGCACAAAAGCUCAUUAGUUUAUGCGGCUGGGAACUCCGAAGACUGCCAUAUUUAGUUGACUGCAAGGAUCAGCUGUAUCAAUCUAGUAAGGAUGCCAAUCUCUUGGAUAAGUCUCUUUUGAGCAGGAAGAAUCAGACUAUUACUGUCUACAGUUCAUGUACUGAUAAGACUUCUGAGAGCAAGACAGAUGAUGAAAGUCAAGCUUCUGAAGACGCAAUAAUCAAUCCAAAUGCUGUUGUUCUCGACUGUAGGCUUUGUGGGGCUUGUAUUGGUCUAUGGGAUUUUUCCAUGGUUCCUCGGCCUUUGGAAUUUCUACGAGUAAGUGGAUACACACAGGUCAACGAUGACCAUGUCAGUCUCACCGAUGGCGGUAAAAACCUUCUUUCCGGCAACAAUGAUCGUGAUGAGAGUAGAGAGAACAUAGGACACAUUGCAACUUCUGGUAACACUAUGUUAGAUAGAAGACAGCCAAGUUUAAACUUAACGAUUGCAGGUGGUCCUCCUCCAGCAACGCAUAAUUACAGGGCAAAAAUUUCUCUGCCAAUCAUUGGGCGGAAUUUGAGAGCAUGGUUUAUUGCUGAAUCUGAGCUUAAGGAUGAUUUAGUAACCAAGAACGCAUCUGGGAAAGGCAAAAACCCAGAGUUUCCUGCAGGAGAAAAUACAACGUCUACAUCAGAAGUGAUAGCAGAAGCUCAACUGGAUAACGACAAGACUGCAGCACAAGUUUCUGGCAACACCACUGAAAUGGCUGAUAAUGCAGAAAGUUUGGACAAGGUUGAUCCAGCAGUCACAGAUCAUUGUAAGAACAAGGUUGGAAAUGAUUUUGGGUCAAGUAGCAAGGAUAGUGUCAUAACUCGUGUAGGGGAAAGUGGCGAGAGCAGAGUGAUGGUUGAAGGCAACAAUGUUACACAAGGAGGGGAACAAGGCAAUGGGCAUGAUGUUAUAAUGGCUGGCGUGCGUCCUCUUAUCCGUGGCAUUUCACCUAGUCGAGGAAAAGCUAUGGAGUUUGAUCCAUUCAGGCUGCACAGGUAUUUUUGCCCCUGGAUUGCAUCUAAUGGUGGCUUUCCACCAGGGUGGGAACAAACAUUAUCCGCUUUAGAGCGUCAUGAAGAAUCUUCUUCUUCUUUGUCCAGCUAUCAUCCAUCUUCCUUGAUUAAGGGGGGUGAUCCUGUUGCUUCAGUGCAAAAGCUUUUUACAUCUCCUCCAUCCAAGCGAAAGAAGCUUGUUCGACCAAGUUAAAUCAGCAAAGCUAACCACGUGCUAGAAUAUAGCCCCCAUGGUCCCCGAGGAAAUUCACCAGACAGACUGGGCCAUAAGAUUACCUUCCCAGUGGAGAAAAGUUUUUGCAUCUUAUUACCUGUAUUUUACCUGUAUGUCACAACUGUGAGCUUGUGUAGUGGAUAAUUAAUUAGUAAGACGCUUUUGAGAUAAUUUCUCCAAAGUGAGAGCAAUAUAUGUAUUUUGUGAAUGCUAUUGUUAAUUACUUAGAGAGAGUUGCAAUCUGCUUUUUUGGACGGAGAAAGUAAAACAAGGGGAAGACACUAUAAUUGUUGCCAUUGAUAUGAA